AUGCAAGCUCGACGGUCCAUCUCGUCCUCGCAGCAUCCGCCCUCAUCGCCCCCAUUUGCUCCAGAGCACUUUGGCGAAGCGACCACUCCGCCUGAGGCGCGUGAAGCAGUCUCUCCCACUUGGACGGCCCCCUCUCCGGCUCGCACCCUUGGGCAUUCGAGUCCAGAGCUCCCUCUACUUCCGUCCUUCUCCGUACUAGGAAACAACCCGCGGACUCCCUCCAACGCUGCGAGGCACGAUAGAACCGAUACUUCCUACUAUACCGCCAGCUGGGGCAUUUCGACAAACUUCGGCAGCGACGACUUUGAAGAAGAAGCUUCUGGGCUCCAGUUUGGCCUUGGGCAUUUACUCCCGUCUCGGCUAGAUCUUCAGGAAGAGUCGCCGAACCAGUUCAAUCUCGAGCAUCUCAUACCCCGUCUAGAACGGAACGCCUCGCCAAAUCAGUUCACGCUCGAACACCUAAUCCGAUCUCGAUUACCAAACCUAGUAACACCGACCAAAGAAUCGCGAGCUUCUGGUACCACUCCCCGAGCGUCCGACACAAACCCUACUUCUCAAGAGUGGGUUGAACGGUUUCUAGAAGAGCGUUGGAACCGCGAGACAAACGACUGGCGAGAUAACAAUAGUGAUACUGAGGGAUCAAGUGGAGAACCGGAUCUACCAAUUGCUCCUCCGCCAAAAAGGGGACACAAGCAAAGGAACAACAACAAGACUCUGAACCAACAGGACUUUUGGCGACACUUUAGCAAGGACCAGAAAGAAGCACUCGGCAAGAUGAUGGCUUCCAAGUAUGCGGAUCCUGAGCCGUCACCGGCCAGGCAAAACUCGGGAUCAGGUCCCAGUACCACACAACAGACGAACGGGCACAGUGCAUCGGCUGAGAAGACGCCAGUACCGACACCUUCAAAAGCAGCUAAGCCGGCAGAUGAAACUCCCAGCAAGCUAGCGAGCAAUAAUGCAUCCAAAUCAAACCAGGAUCUAUCGAGCAAGCCACUCCCCGACACUCCAAACAAGUCGUUUCUGGCACCUCCAGGCGCGGCGCCUGCGCAAUCUCGAAUGCGUAAGAAGGUGAUUGUUAAAGGUAAAGGCUGCAUCAUUUCAAUACCGCGCGACAUUCCAAGGGGCAACCCUGGGUUCCCUCCGAGGCCGAUGAGUGCAGAGGCUGUGAAUGCAAAGCUCCGACAACUUGAGCAACAGGGUUACGACACUCGUGGCUUCAGUACUGGAGGUUUAGAGACACACAACCGAGCCAUCUGGCCGGCAGAGGCCGAUGUCCAAGCAGAACGUGCGAAUGCCGGUUCGCGGUACACUGUCCGCAUGUACAAAGAAUCUGAAUGGAAGAACUACCAGAAUUCUUUGCUUGAAGCCAAGUUGGCAGCACUCGGUGUCAGCACUGGUGGCGAGGAAGACAUUCCUCUCCCCUUGUCACGACAAGCAUCGUCACAGCAACACCCAGGGCAGGUUUUCUCUCCGCCAAUACCUACCUCUUCAGCUGGCAGCCUUCGUAUGGCCAGGCAAGGCAGCAUCGUAUCUGGCGCUUUUCCGUUCGGGCCUUCGCCUGGGCACAUGUCCCGACAGUCAAUUGCUUCUCCAGCUGCAUUUGCAGGGCCUUCGCCCGGGCACAUGUCCGGGCACAUGUCCCGACAGUCAAUCGCGUCUCCAGCUGCAUUUGCAGGACCGCGUCCAGGCAUGCACAUGCAUCGUCACUCGACUUUUGGAUCGCCUGCCAACUUUGCUCAGCAUGGUUACUCGCCCUCAGGUACAUGGUCGCCUGCUGGAUACUUCAACUCUCAAGACGGACGCAGCGGUUCCCCUGCUCUUUCUUCUUUGAGCCGACCUGAUCUUUCCGGUAUGAUCUCGCCACAUUCUCCAUUCGGCAUGAGAUCAAACCAGCAGUUUCCCAUUACGCCGACGCAGAGGGACGACUUCCAAUUGCAGAUGCAACUACAACAGCAGCAGCUACAGAACCAACUUCUACAGCAGCAACAGCAACAAGUCCUUGGAAUGCGACCAUCCUCCACAUUGGCCGAAGUACCCGAAGAUGAAGAUGAGGAAGACGAGGUUCCGGCGAUGAAGCAUGCCGCUAAAUCUGCACCGGAGAUCGCUGUACCGACUCCUCGCGGUCAUCGUCAUAACAUUAGCGAGAACCUUGAACGCGAGGCUGCGAACGAAGAGUAUCACUUGGAAGAAGUUAUCGACAAGCAGUUUGCGGAAGGAGGAGACUUCAAUACGGAGCCAGAGACUAACGUAUCCUACAAGCCCUCUAACGCCGUGGCUAACCCUACGUGGGAGGACUCGCGAACGAUCCUGCACCAACCUCAACCGCACAGCCGAGCACAUUCGCUCGCCAAGUCUCAGAAGCCUGUCUCCUUCUCCUUCCCCGCCCAGCAGAAUCCCCGCUCCGACAGCGACGGUGCGCAAACAGGCAUCUCGGAGAACACAAACCCCAGCCUGGAGGACGGGGAGGUCCGCAACCCGGCACAGAACUCUGCACAGCACUCCCAGGCCCCAUCCCAAGUCAGCAACUCUUGGAAGGACAACAAAUUUGCCUUCAACAAGCCUACGUCCGCAAUUCACAGCAAGCAUGCUUCGCGCUCGUCUAUCUCUAAGCUUAAUGUUGAGGCUAAAGAGUUCAAGUUCAACCCUGCAGCGUCUUUCAGCCCAGGAUCCUUCUCCUCGGGCUUCAGCUUCGCACCCGCAGUCAAGCCACCUACAGCAGCUGCUGGCCCAGACAACAACAAACCCAGUAUCGAUGGAUUGGCGAACUUCAACGUGUCGGCUCCUGCCUUCAAACCGGAUGCACCUGUGUUUAAACCAGAUGCACCAGCAUUCAAGCCCGUGGCUGAAGCGCCUGCGUUCAAGCCUGCUGCAGACAGCUCUCCGUUUCCCUCUGGUGGCUUCAACUUUUCAAGCCCGCCGUCCUUCAAGCCGGAUGCGCCUGCAUUCAACCCCGGAGUAUCAACCUUCAAUCCCAACAAGCCGGUCCCAGCUCCAACAAGUUUCUCAUCGAAGAUAUUCGGUGAUGUUAAUCUGUCCGAAAGCGACAUUGUCAAGCCAGCUACACGCUCCAAGGCGGUGCCGAUUAUCCGCCCGGACAACACGCGCCCGCAGACCCCUGAGACGGAAGGUCGGGAGGACCAUGAGGACGAGUCUGGCCGACCUAGGCAAGCUGAUGGCCGUGAGAAGCGAGUUCGACGUGAUCGUGCUGAUGGUGACGACGUACCCAAGUUUGCGCUCCAGCCAGUUCUUGCGUCGCAGCCUUUGGCCGAAGUCAGGCAGCCCAACGCUACUAAGCCGGAACCCCAAGUUGAACAGGAGGAGGCUGCAGAAGAUAAGGAAAACAUGUCGCCUGCGCGCAAGCAGACCAAGGCUCAAUCGAAGAGCCCAGAGCCUUUGUCACAGCCGAAGCAAGAGGUCGUCAUGGAUCCUAUUUCGCCUGCUCCAGAGAGCGAUCUAGGUGCAGACGACGAUACGCCUCAUGCAAGCGACGUGCCUACACCUACUACUGAGGAACCUGAGCCAUUGGGCAAGAAGCAUACUCACAAGAGCACUCUAUCAGCUAAUGCCAAACCCUUCGAGUUCAAGCCCCAGUUCAACAGUGCCGGCUAUGAUUUCGGCUUCCAUGUUACGAAGCCAUCUCAGGUCGAAGAUCCGGAGAAGAACCCAGUAUCUCCACCAAGAUAUGCCAGCAGGAGCCCUGCUACCACGUACAGGCCUAGCGAUGACGGCUCAUUCAAGACCGCCAUGGAAUCUGGCAGGCGUAAGGGUUACCCUGAGAGUGAAAGCGCUGAUUUCGACAACCUUGGUGAUGCUUCCUUCAACGACAUUGAUGCUGUUAUGAAGCACAUGGAUGGUGAAGGGUCGGACUUUGGCGUUGAGCGUGACGAGACUUCUUGGGAUCAAUCCUCGCCCCAGAGGACACCGAAUGUGUUUGAGCGCAAUGACCUGCAGCCCAACCUCAAGAUGCGCAGUGACGCGCCUAGCCCCAGCCCCCGCCGUGGAUUCUUUCCUGGACGGCCCAUGCAGGGCUCUGCAACAUCAGUGCAAGAUCCAUUUGACGACGAGCGGGCUGCGCUUCCAUAUGACUCGCCUGUACGUCGCCUGAACACUGUUGACGCCGGGCCUAUGAGCGAUUGGGACGAAGGCCUCCUUACCGAAGAUGAGUCCAAGGUCCAGACGCGCAGUGGCUUCUUUGACAAGCAUGUUGAUGACCUCAUGGGUCGUCUCCUGCAGGACCGCCUUGGCCCGCUAGAGCAAAACCUGCAAGGCAUCCAAGAGGCGCUUGCAAUGAUGUCGCAACGUCCGGGACGCGGCCGCCGUAGCAUGUCCACUAGCGCACGCCUGGACAGCGAUGCCGACGACGAAGAUGACGAUGCCGGCACCGACGUUGACUACCGCAACCGAUCUCGAGGAAAAGACAGGAGGUUGGAGAAGAUCCGAUCAAUCGUCAAGGACGCGCUUGAGAUGCACCAAUCACAGAUCACGUCUAUUCCGGUGCCCGUACCUGAGCCAAUGAUCCCAGAGAAGAUCCGGGAGAUCGUCACCGAUGCGCUUGCGCAACACCAGCCAUCUGUGCAACCUGCUGAACCUGUUCCUGCUGAUCAGAUUCGUGCAAUUGUCCAAGAUGCGAUUGCUUCUGCCAAGCCUGUGCAGGAAACUGUCGCUGAACCUCUCAAGCCUGAAGACAUCCGCUCUAUCCUUGCUGACAUGCUUGCAACCCAUGCUCCUCAGCCCGUGGAGCCGGUCAAGACUGAUGAUAUUCGAUCCAUUGUGUUGGAGGCGUUCGAAAUGCACGCUCCUCAGCCGUUGCCACCUCCAGUGCCUGAGCAGAUCUGGCCUGACGACCUGAAAGCAAUCGUUACCGAAGCUCUCGCGUCGCAGCAACAAACACCUGCCGUACAACCGGACACCAUCCGUUCCAUCGUCGCCGAAGCACUUGCAUCCCACCAACCUCAAGCUCCUACCACGCCGACUGCCGACAAUGUACAGCCAGAUAUGAUCCGUUCUAUUGUUGCCGAGGCCCUGGCGAACCAGAAGCCUGCUACUCUUGAGGCUCCCGUCGAUAUUCCACAGCCACAGCUUGAUAUGUCCGAGCUCUACCAAGUCAUUGGUAGCCUCAAGGCUUCUAUCGCGCAGACUACUAGUCACCAUCUCCAGGCUGACGACGUGCGCGAGCUCGUUGAUGAUGUUUUGAGCCGCCAUACCAUGGAGAUUGCCAAGCGUGAGGAAUCCAAGGCCAUCCAUGAGAGGGAUGUCCGUAUCGCAGACCUUGAGGAGAUGCUCAAAGAAGCCACUCUCCGUUUCAACUCUGAAGCUGAGGCCCGGCAAGCUAUCGAGGCCCGCGAGGUGGACUCUGCGCGUUUGCUUAAGGUCACUGAGGAAGAGCUCACCCUUCUCCAGCAGGCCGCCCGUGAUGAUGAGCACAAGAUUGGUACCUUGACCGAGGAGCGAGACGCUCUCCGUCGUAGCCUCGAAUCGUACCAGGCCGAUGCAUCCGAAAUGCGCGACAGACUGUCUACUCUUGACAUUGAGAACGAGCAGCUCAAGCUUACAAACAUCGCGUUGGAGAGCUCGGAGGAGGACCUCAAGAAGAGGCUCGAUUCCGUCACCGCAGAGAACGAGGCACUUACGUUUACGCUCGAGGAACACCGACUCUCCGCCAGCAAGUGGCGUGGCGACCUUCAGGACGCUCACGAAGAAGGAGAGAAGCUACGCAAGGCUAUCGGAGAGGCACGGUUCCAGGCCGAGGAGGCUACUCGCGUACGAGAGUCGAUGCGUACCAAGCUUGAGAAGCUCCAACAAGAUAUGGUUGCCGCUUCACAGCAGGUUGCGUCUGAGCGUGCUCAAUUCCAGAAACAUGAGGAGGCGUCUGCGACGAAAUAUGAGGUCCUCAGUGCACGCAUUGAAGCUGAGGGUCGCACACGGGAGCGUCUGGAGAGGGAGCUGGAGCGUUUGGAGACUCAGGAACGUGAGGGUAUGAGACUCAGGAUCCAUCUCGAGCAAACGCAAAAGCACAACGCCAAACUGGAGGAGACCAUUGAAGAGCUAAGGAAAGAGUCCAUGGAGCACCAGAGGAACGCCCAACGCUAUGAGCGUGAUAUGCGAGAGGCUAGGGAUGCUGCGCACGUUGAGAUCCGCCGCACCCGCGUGCUCAUGGAGGCCGAUGUCGAUGCAGCUAACAACCAGGUCAACAUCGUUCGACACGAGCUUGAGAGCGAGAUCGCCCGUGUUCGUGCCGAGCUCGACCAGGUUCGCUUGGAUGCUGAUACGGCCAAGGAGAAGCACGAGCUGGAUCUUGAGGCCGCUUCCGAUGUCAAGAAGCAAGCUGUGCAAGAAGCGAUGGAAAACAACAGACAUAGCCUACACGAACAGCAGCGUACCUUCGAGCGUCAACUUGAGCACAUCAAGCAUGAGCAUGCACGCGCCCUCGAAUUUGCCCGCGAAGACAAAGAUCGUGCCGAGGCUUUCCACAACGACAAGCUUGCACUGGCCGACUCCAAGCUCGAUCACUUCAAGGACAAGAUCGCGCUAUUGGAAGAGAAGCUCCAGGUCGCGAAGGAAGCCGCCAGCGCCGCAGUCGCAGCAGCAUCCAAAUCUCCUACGUCCGUCUCUUCAUUCGCUCCUAGCGGCGCAGAGAAGAUCUCGCCUCAAGCGUUGCGCGAGUCUAUUGGUGUACUCCAGGAGCAGCUACAAGAGCGUGAGGGACGUAUCGAGUCUCUUGAGCGUCAGCUUGAAGAAGUUGACACCGAGGCUCCUGCUAAGCUAAAGGAACGCGAUACUGAGAUCAACUGGCUCCGUGAGCUACUCGGUGUACGUGUUGACGACCUGAACGACCUCAUCACCUCUCUUGCGCAGCCAACCUUCGACCGCGAGUCCGUUCGUGACGCCGCAAUCCGUAUUCGCACAAACUUGCAGAUGGAGCAAUCUGAGAAGGAGCGUCUCAUUUCAGGCGGACAACAAUCCUUCCCCACCUUAAGCUCCCUCUCCAACUUUGCGUCACCCAAGGCAGUCCAGCUCGCCGCCGCCAUUGGUAACUGGCGCAAGGGCCGUGGUGAAGCUACAUCAGCUCUCGCAGGCACUUCGAUCAACACGCGUACCCAGACACCAUCCCGCGCCCAACCUCACUCCGCACAGUCUUUUCUCUCGGGUCUCAUGACACCGCCGACAUCCAACGCGCGCCGCACAUCUGAAGUCUCAUCAUCAUCGCAGCGCCCUCAGGCCAUGCGCUUGAACUCCAAUAGCUCGCGUGCCUCAACUGAAGCUGGAUUCCCUGCACUGGGCAAACAGCCUCGUACGCCUCCUCUCAUGAGGAAGCAGGCUUACGACCAAGACGCUGAAAUUGAACCUUUUAGCGAGAGCGGCUUCUAUGAUGACGAGAGUACUGUUGAUGGCGAGCUGACGCCAUUAGCACUGAACUUUGGGAGGGAACUACAACGCAUUGCUCGAGAAUACGAGUGGAUACCCGAGCUUCACACAAGUAGCGGCUCUAUCACACUCUACUUUUUGGAUGCUUCUGAAAUAGUUGCGUUCAACAAAAGCAGCGAUCCCUGGUUUUCAAGGACUAUUCCCUACUACGGAAACGUCACAGGUAAUCACUCGCAAAGCGAAGGUGCUGGUGUGCUAGGUUGCGUCAUAGAGCACACUCUUUGCAACCCAGAUCUCCCAGCAAGCACAGCAUGCGUCUCUAUCUCUACAGACGAUAGUUCUGAUGUCGUUGCAAGCGUUUGGACAAAUGCGCAGGAUCAGUCAUUCAUUCGUCCUUUCAUAUCAGCAUCAGUGCUCACUCCUGGCUACCUCAGCGCUUGGUACUUGCUACGCGGAGUAUCAACCCUCCUUUCUCGGAACACUAUCCUUGGGAACAUGCAAAUGUCUUACCUUUCCGAAGACCAAUGGCAAUAUGAGCAUGAAUACAUGUUCAAGGCAAACCUAUUUGCUGUGCAAUCGACGAUGGUCAACUAUGCACGAGGCUUCUGGAUCGGUGCAGAUACCAUCUGCGGGGAAGAGACUGAAUGUAAAAGAACAUGUUACAGCCAGAGAGUUAGAUCCUUGACGCACUAUUCCUUCAGGGUCUGGACUCUUGCUCUCAUAUUACUCCUCGGUGGACUUGUCAUGCUCACAUCGAUGUCCAUGGAGUACAUACUGGCUUCCAAACGCAUGCAGGCCGUCUUGCAGCGCUACCCAAAGCUCGCGUACGCCUACGCGGAAUGGUCAACAGGCUCGACAUUGCAGUUGCAACGAUUGGCGUACGAAAAUCUAGGCUUGGGCAGUUGGAAAAAUACACAAAAUGAUGUUCCGGUGACAGAUCCAGGCGCCAGACUUGCUACAUUGGAUACCAGCAACAUGAAGCAUGUUCGCAUGGUGCAACCAAGCGAGGUGAUGAAUCAAUUGCUCAUAGCUGAGGGAGAUACUCGUUAUAAACCAAACACUGGUUAUGUAAGAGUCUCUAGUACUGAGCAUAUAUAG